AUGGCUUCAAUAUUGUCCUUGCCGCUUCAUCUUAUCGCUGAUAUUCUGCGUCUGUUGGAUAACAUUCAAGAGCUUCCUCCCAUUCUGCUAAGUCAUCGAAUAUUCUACUCUGCUCUUUUGGAUACACCAAGUCUGCCCGUGGAUAUCAUUCGCAGUCAGAUUCCCGACAACCUGCUUCCGUUGGCCUUUACCGCAUUCAAGUCGCAAAAGUCGGUAAGGGAAACAAACUGUAUAAGCGUGCAAGAGUUUUUGACUCAUUACUACAACAAUUCUGCACGGAAUGUGGACGGUAGUCAACUUCACUUGACAGUAGGUGAAGCCACUGAGGUUGUCAGAGUCAAUGAUGCAUUGUCGGGCUUAAGGGAUGAGUUUUCUCUGUGUUCCCUAAGGAGGCUUCAUGGUGUAAACCAAGAUGCAUCCCUUAAGAGUGGCCAAGGUCUCUCUCCUGGCGAGUACUAUCGAAUCUCUCGCGCACUCUAUCGAUUCCAGAUAUAUCGAAACCUUUUCCUCGACAAGGAGCAGGAACUUGAUCUUUUCCCUUCUUAUGACGAUGAUCAAGACGAAGAUUCGAGCUUCGACAACGAACUGAAAAAGCUGUUCUUCGAUCGGCAUUCACCAUGGGUCAAUGAACAACUGGCUUGUGUUUAUGACUUUCUUGAAACAAGAGUAACGGGUGUUGUCAAUGGCUUUCAAUGGGGAGACAAUCUUACCGAAUGGCUAGCUGAAAAGACUCGAUCGUUUGAGGAGCAGAAAUGCAUGUCCCUCGAUAUUACUCGUCUCAGUCAGCUUCUCAAGGCCUCAACCUACGAAGAGUGGCAAGCGUCGCUUGGUGAGGCUAUUAGUCCUUGCCAAAAUAGGCUUGAAGAAGAUCUUGAGGAGUUCAACCGUGGAAGAAGGCCGAAUGGACAUAAAGAAGUCUGGCGAGCUGAAGAUAUCGAAAGACUAGCCAGGGAAGUUGACGCUGACGAAGCGUUUACUGAUGAUCAACCAAGACAGACAUGGAUGAAAGUACACUAUGAUCAUGCGCAUGAGAGAUAUCGCUUAGGAGAGCACACGUUUGCCCCAAUGAGGUUUAUCUUCGGCAUGAGGAGAAUCGGUUACGUCAUGUGGGAUGCAGAGAGAAUGAAGAAUGAUGCCUGUAAAGUCACCUUGAAUAAGGCGUACCAAGGCGAUGCUAUUUUCUAG